GCCGUCGUCGGUAUAGGCUGCAGACUCCCAAAUGGUUCUGAUACCAAAGAAUUGUAUUAUGAAUUCCUUCGCAACAAAGGUGACGGGAUGUCUGAACCCCCUCCAGAUAGGUGGGAUCAUAGUGAAUGGGGUAGUAGCCGCCCAGAUGAACCAGGAAAGUAUAACACCUCCAUGUGCGGAUUUAUCAACUCUAUCGAUCAUUUCGACACACGAGAGUUCGGAAUAUCCAUGAAGGAAGCACAGCAGCUUGAUCCCUCUUCGCGUCUUAUUCUUGAAGUCGCUCAUCUGGCUCUCUUAGACUCUGGAAUCGACUACAGAGGUUCGAAUACUGGUGUCUACAUAGGCCAGCUUUUGAUAUCUGCCUCUGAAUUGGGAAACGGAGAUCGCUAUGAAGUCAGCAGUUAUCAAGGACUCGGGAAAUGCGUUUCCCUUCGAUCCAAUCGAGUGUCAUUCACUUUCGACUUGCGUGGGCCCUCCUUGAUAGUGGAUACUGCCUGCUCGUCUUCUGCGACGGCUAUGCACAUGGCUAUGUCCGCUAUUAAACUCGGAGAUAUUGAUCAGGCCCUAAUCAUCGGCGGGAAUGUAAUUGCCCAGCCAGUACACAACGUAAUGUUUUCAAAGACGGGAAUUUUGUCUCCUACAGGCUCCUCGAAAUCUUUUGAUGCAGCUGCAGACGGAUAUGCCAGGGCUGAAGGAUUUGCAGCGAUCAUGAUCAAACGUCUUGACAAAGCGCUUAAAGAUGGUGACACUGUUUAUUCCGUGAUUACGGGCAGCGCGAUCAACUCCAACGGAAAGGGAGUCAGUUUGACGAUGCCCAAGGCUGAUAUGCAGGCAGAAACGAUCAGACAAGCAUACCACCAUGCGAAUAGGAAACCAAGCGAAGCAUUUUUUGUCGAGUUACAUGCUACAGGUACCCCUGUUGGUGAUCCUAUCGAGGCGAACAUUGUGGGGCAGGUCUUUUCUGAAGAUCGCAAGCCGGACAGAGUUUUGAGAAUAGGCAGUGUAAAGUCCAACAUUGGCCAUACUGAAGGAUGUAGUUUUUUGGCGAGCCUGAUCAAAGUUUCGCUCAUGCUGAAGCACAAAGAAAUAAUCCCGAACAUCCGCUUCAACAACCCCAACCCGAAAAUUGACUUCAAUAAGUGGUUAAUGAAAGUUCAAACCGAGGUG